GCGCAGAGGAGGGAGAAGCGCCCAGGAGAAAGCGCUGAGGAAUUUAUUACCUUUGUUUCUCCGGCUGGCGUUCUGCCAUGUGCUAGAAAAAAAGACAAAUACACGAAGGAUUAUUGUUUAAGAAAGCUUCGAGAAAUCGAAAAGCAAAUUGCUUCGUACAAUGCGCUUAGUGAUAAUAAAAUCGCUACAAUUCACAUGAGUAGCAGUGGCGAAAUGAAAAUGUACGGCAGCAAAUUCAUCGUCAAUGCUUGCUUGCACUCAUCUAUAUCCAGAAACCUCGAAAAAGAAUACAGUGAGAGAAGGGAGUUCAAGGAAGAGGACACCGAUGAUGAGGUGAAGUACCAUGCCUUUUCCAGUGCUCUGCCAUUCUGUCCAUCGGCUGUUUGCUUUUGUUACUCCACACAGUCGUCUCUUUUGCCUAGUGAAAUGAAAGCCCAUUCGAUUGUUGAUCUUGAAAGAGAUAUUUUGAAAUACGCCUACAACCACUAUGCCUACUUCAUGGAGUAUCAUUUCGGGAUUCGCGACCCAGGGUCUGGUGAGGGGCUGCAAGGCGAAGAAGACAGACUACGAGUAAAGAGCAGGAGUCAGCAGUCGAUUGGGAUUCAGAGCGAAUCAGCAGUUUUGCGUAUUCGUUAUGAGCGGAUGAGCGAGGAUUUUCGCAUGAUUAUGGAUGCAGUGAACAGAAUGCAAAAUCAUUCAACCUGCAGAGCUAUGGUGCUUCUUGUGGAUGAGCGGAAUAAAUGGAGUGUGGCUGGCGAUAAAACUUUGAUUGCGGCCCUCGUGAAUUCAAACAUUCCUCAGUGUGUGCCAGAGGCUGCGAGCUUUGAUUUUGAUAAUGUAAUUUUCCUUUUUUUUUGA